AACAUGUAUCGCUUACUUGUGUUCCUGGUUGGACUCGCUACUGCGGAGUGCCACUGCUUCGGAAACUCUAAUUGUACUCGGAACACUAACCAUUCAGGAUACCACCAUGGUCACGGAUACGGUGAUCAUCACUUCCAUCAUCAUCGCCAUCACCAUUGUGGACAUAUGGAUCACCAACAUCAAGAAAGUUCAUCCAACUUUCCAGCGACGACUUUUGAGGAUAUUGGAAAAGCUAUCAUUCUUAUUGAUAAAGCAUUGAAGAAGUUCUGUGAUGAAAAUAAUAUGAACAUUACGAGUGAGCUUCAUGGACAGGACAACUACAUUCUGAAAUAUCAACUACCAGAAUUCACAAACAGUGAUUUCGAAAUCAAAGUAAUGAAUAGAUUGAUUUACACAACAGCAGAAAGUAAGGGUGGAAAUGUGAAAGCAUUUAAAGAUCUGAGGAUACUUCCAGCCACAAUUGACACCAGUCAAGCGAGCUGGGUCUUCGAGCACAAAACACUCAAAGUGUAUUUUCCAUACAAAACUAAUUCGAGAAAUGAGAAGGUUCUAUAUUGUGAUGAUGUUGACGAAGCGGUGAAGAAAGUGCCAAACAUGAGUGUAGCAGGCCAAUUAGGGUACAGAAGUGGUAACAUUUAAUUUAAAUCUAAGUUAGCUUAAUAAAAGU